AUGGGGGAGGUUAGAACCAAAGACAGAUUGAAAGCAAUGGGAAUGGAAAUAGCAGAACAUUGCGAAAUGUGUGAGAUUCAUCCUAAAAAUGCAGACCAUCUGUUCUUUACUUGCAGGUUCACAACAGCCUGCUUACAAGGAAUAAAAACUUGGCUGUCUUGGAAUAUAGCAGCAGGUUCUUUGUAUGCUUUGACCAGGUGGAUUGGGAGAUCAAAGGUCAGCAAGUUCAAGAAAAAUGUUCUUGCUGCUUCUAUAAGUUGCCUGGUGUAUGCAAUAUGGAGAGCUCAGAACCUAAGCUUGUGGGAAAAAUCAAAAUCGGAUGUAGAGAAGAUAAUAGCAGGAGUGAAACAAGAAGUCAAAUAUAGAAUCAAUGUAGUGUGGUGUAGAGGACACUGA